UUUUUUUGGUGUCAACCAAAAGAUUUUAUCUUAGACCAUAUAAACAUUCCCAAAACGGAUGUUUUUAAUGACUUUGAAAGGGAAACUGCACAGAAUUUUGUUUUACAAUGAGCCCUAAAUAAUGAACGUUCCCAGAACACUGCAGGGAUUAUUCUUAUUUAUUUAUUUAUUCAUUCAUUUUUACAGCCACGCGGUGGCGCUGUUGCUCGACUUUCUGUUUCGCGAAGCAUUUUAUGCAAAUCAUUUGUAGCUUACGUCUGUGUAUAUUAAUGCGAAUAUCAAUAACGAGCGUAUAACAUGAAUAUAACCGACUGUUUAUGAGACAUUUGUUGUUUCAAUGAGCCAUGGACAGAAGAGAGCAGAGAUCUGCGCAUGUCUGAACCUCCAAGCCAACUCUUGUCCUUAAAAAUCAGUUUUAUUCGAAGAUAAAAGUGUUAUAACGUCUAUAAAUCACGAGCACACAACAACUGACAGCUGUCAUUAAAGGCUUUAACAGGACAGGCUUUACACACACACACACACACACACACCACACACACACACACACACACACACACACACACACACGGGCUGUAAUCACUCUAAUCUCUGAGUGUUGUGCUCUGUUCUGCUCUCUCAGUAUUUCUCGACACAUGAAGGCCUGGGUUUCAUGUCACACUACUUUCUCACUAUUAUUCAGGUUUUGUAAGACAGAAACUUUAUGGAUUCUGGAUCCUUCAGAGGAUUACAGGACCUGAUGGAAACACAGCAGAGACAAACCCCGUGCUUGUCCAGCUGCCAUGGCUGCACUGAGGUCCUGUGCUGAGAUGCCCCGAGACAGAGAGUGACGCCCAUCAGAGCUGCAUGAUGGUCUAGCUCCGCCCACUCUCUGUCGGGAUGCUGGCCUCGGUGGUCUCCGGUAAUAACGGAGGGCGAGCGCUGACCCUGAAGGGCGUUGACCCAGAAACAUGUAUGAUCGUCUUCAAAAACCACUGGACACAGGUUCUGAGGAUCCUGGAGAAGCAUGAUCCAGUUCGCGCCAGUGGCGUUGCUCUCCGGUUUGGUCCGAUCCCCGGCGACGAGGCGAGUGCCGUGCAGAACUACGUGGAGCACAUGCUCUUCCUGCUGAUGGAGGAAGAGAGCGGUCAGGGUGGGGCCAUGGGGACCAUCCUGGAGUUCGUGGUGGUGGAGAACGUGAUGGAAAAGCUAUUUCUGUGGAGUCUGCGGCGCGAGUUCACCGACGACAUGAAGCUGGAGCAGCUACGCAUGUACAAGAUGCUGGUGGCUCAAGCCAAACAACCGCUGCUACACCACAAACCCAUCCUCAAACCUUUGAUGAUGCUGCUGUCUGCUUGCUCCAACUCCUCCACCAUGGGGCCCUCAUCCUCCUGCACCGUGGGGCCCAAAAGCAGCAGCUCUGCCGCAGGGCUCACCUGCGCCAUGGGACCCAACAGCUCUGCGGUGGAGGUGGAGCUGGUGUCUCUGCUGCAUCAGCUGUGCCAUGCACUGGUCAAGGAAGCCUCAGUUCUGGAGCUGUUCUUCCACAGCAGUCAGGAUCAGGGAGCCGCCAACUUCCUGCUCUUUUCUCUGCUCAUCCCGUUCAUCCACCGUGACGGGACGGUGGGAGUCCAGGCCAGAGACGCCCUCACCCUCAUCAUGAGCCUCUCUUCUCAGAACGCCCUUGUGGCCAAACACAUCGUGGAGAACACAUACUUCUGCCCGGUGUUGGCCACGGGUCUCAGCGGACUGUAUUCGGGUCUGCCGGCUAAACUGGAGGUUUACAGCGAGGGCUGGUUCUGUCUGGAGAGACACGACUGGCUGCAGCUUCCAGCGCUGUUACAGUUCCUCAACUCACUGCACUUCUGCAGCACUGUGUGCAAGGUGGCUCACUGCUCUAUCAGAGACCAGCUCCUGGGCUACAUCUACAAUGGUUUUCUCGUUCCUGUCAUGGCUCCUGCGCUUCAUAAGCUGACUCUGGAGGAAGUGAUGACGACGACGGCGUAUCUGGAGCUCUUCCUGCGCAGCAUCUCUGACUCCGCCCUCCUCCAGACCUUCCUCAUCUUCAUCCUCAGAUAUCGCCAUGACAACGUCAGCAUCCUGGACACGCUGGUCAGCAGGAUCAACACGCCGUUUCAGCUCGGUACCGUCUCUCUGGCUCUGUUCCGGACUCUGAUUGGUCUGUAUUGUGAAGAUGUCAUGCUGCAGUUAAUUCUCAGGUAUCUGCUCCCGUGUUCUCACCUGACGCACGCUGAGAGACUGCGGCUGCGAGAGAGAGACUGUUACUCCAUCACUGCAUCUGCGCUGUUGUCGCUCACACCCUCCUUCUUCAUUCCCAAACCCUGCUCUUCUCCACCACAGACGCCCAAACCCGACUACAUCCUCUGGUCAAAGGUCACAGAGGGACUGCUGAGGGGCAACAUGGGAAUGGAGGAUCUGUUCUCAGGGGGAGAUACCGUCGGAUGCUCCCGAAUAAAUGCUUCCGAGCCGCUUAUGCACAAGAACUAUCUUCAGUAUCUGUAUGAUGCUCGCAGAUCCGUCUGUACGACGGUCCAAGCGUGCGACGUGUGGUCGGCUCCGUACGAUGGUCUCAAUCCGUCCCCGGACGAGUAUCAGGACGAGGAUGAGGACGAGCGUCUUCCUCACUCUACUCCACCUCCUCAAACGCCGACUCCUCAUCCGCCUUCGGAAACCAGCUCCACCGGCGACCGCGAGCGAGUCGGGACGCUACUCGAGCUGGAAUGGGACGAUACGUACGACGCCGCGCCUGACAGGGAACCGACGCCCGACGUCCCGGACGAGCCCCCGAAACACAUUCAGGAAAUGCGUAAAAAUGCCAUCAUGCUGAUUAAAGGAUCUUAUAUAGAGGAGUCGGAAUUUCAGGACGACGUGUUGGUUUAUAAUCUGAUCGCGCAAAAAGACGCUUGCGACGACCGGCGGAUGUUCGUCAAAAACGGCUUGAAUAAAGCAACCCACAAUCACUACAUAAACAACAAUCUGAUGCACACUAAUCGCACACCAAACCAAAACCACGCGGAACAUCCAGAAUCCGAUCCGAUUGUGAACGGACGUGGUUUUGAGGAGCAGACACUGGAAUUAGAGGGCGAUGUUGCGCAUCUGGACCACAACUGCAAUGAGAGCAAAACGUCCGAAGCCGCGGGAGACGACUUCAUCUCUCAGUGUCUGGAGCUGAUUCGGGAUCUGGGCGGAGAGGAAGACUCUGUCGUGGAGGAUGAAGAGCAGCUCCAGCGGCUGCAGGAUCUCCUGCAUGGGGACGAGGAAGAGGAGCUGGACUUUAACUGCUUCUGUGAGGAGUGUGAGGGUGAAGACGAUGCAGAUGAAGACCCGAAUAAAGCCGAGAGCAGGAAACAUGGGAUCUCGUUUACAGGGCCGUUCAUCAGCGUCCUGCUGUCCCGUCUGGAGAACAUGCUGGAGAACUCCAUUGAAGUCAACCUGCUGCUUACGGGGAUUUUAGCGCAGCUGGCCACAUAUCCACAACCUCUGCUGCGAGGAUUCAUCCUGAACACCAGACCUGCGUCUCAGACCGGCACACGCUCACUCUAUCAGGUUCUGCUGUCGGUGGCUUGUCAGAUUGAACAAUAUGCAGCGUCCAAUCCAGAUUUCCCUGAGCUGGUCUGUGAAGCCGCUCAGUUCCUGCUGCUCAAAGAUCAGGCUUUAAAAGAGCAAGAGCGAGAAGUCCACCUGCAAGAAAACGCCGGCUGGUUCCUGAAUGGCCACGUCUCGGGUCGUCCACACACACCUCUUCCUCCCUGUCCCAAAAUCCCUCCGCACCUGCGGAACAGAGUGUUCACUACGUUUCUGUUCGCUGAGUUCCUGAAGGAGUUGGCGGCCAUCGCGCAAGAGCACUCCAUAUUACCUGAGCGAACUGCGGAGGAGUAACACACCUCACACUCACGAAACGUGAGUUUCCCCUUCAGAUCACAGCUAUAAUCAAAUGCAGACAUCUCUGGACACGUUCUCAUUCAUUUCUUAUGGACGGUCAAUGAUUUCAAGCAGCCAAUGUGUGGGUUUUUUAUAGAAAUUCAAUCCCCUGUUGUGUUGGGGUCAAUUUGAUCCACACUGAUUUUUAAAAACUGCUUGAAAUACUCUUUAUUUCUUACUGAAAUUUGGCGGAUAUUUUUUUUUAGCAUCAUGAAUGUGCAUGGCACAUGGAUAUGGCUGUACAAAAACUAUUACAACUUUUGUGUUGGGUCAGAUCCACGCUUAAAUUUUUAAAGUGCUCGAAAUGGUGGUUAAAACUGUUUAUUUCUUUUUGAAAUUUGGUGAAUAUUUUUCAUUAAGGGUUAUAAAUGUGCAAGCAAGGUUUCAACACAGAUGUGUUUUAGAAAAGCUGUACAAAAAUCUUUACAGCUUUUGUGUUGGGUCAAAACUGACCCACACUCUAUUUUACAAACUGUAAAAAAAAUACUGCCCAAAAUACCAGUUAAACUACUUAUUUCUUCUUGAAAUUUGGUGGAUAUUUUUCAUUUAGCAUCAUGCACAUGCAUGCAAAGUUUAGGUACACAGAUGUGUUUUGGAAAGGCUGUGCAUAAAAAUUGUUACUACUUUGUGUUGGGUCAAACUGACCCAAGCUCAAAUUUUCAAACUGCUUGAAAUACUGGUUAAAAUACUUAUUUCUUCUUGACAUUUGGUGGAUAUUUUUCAGUUAGCACCAUGUAUGUGCAUGCAAAAUUUCAGCACAUGGAUUUGUUUUGGAAAGGCUAUACGGAGUUUGUUACAGCUUUUGUGUUGGGGUUAAUUUGACCCUCAUAUGUAUUUUAAAUGACUCAAGAUACUGAUUCAACUAUUAAUUUCUUCUUGAAAUUUGGUGUAUGUUUUUCAUUUAGUGUUAUGAAUGUUCAUGCACAUUUUCAGCUCAUGGAUGUAUUUUGGAAAGGCUGUGCUGAGAAUUGUUACUAAUUUUGUGUUGGGUCAAAUUGACCCACCUUCAAAUACUCAAACUGCUCGAAAUACUGCUUAAAAAGUUUAUUUCUUCUUCAAAUUUGGUGAACAUUUUUCUUUUAGGGUCAUGCAUAUGCAUGCAAAGUUUCAGCACACAGAUGCAUUUUGGGAAGGCUGUACAGAGUUUGUUAGGACUUUUGUGUUGGGGUUAUAGCCCCACUGGAUUCUGUGCAAUUUGCCAAAAAUCAACAAUCUGAAAAACAUUAAAGAGGCCGAUAAACAACGGAAGACCAUUGCUGUAGCUUGUCAAAGCCUAAAAUAAAUGAAAUACAUGUGAAUUUAUGAAAUUUAAGACUCAAAUUUUACUCGAAAUUGAAGCUCUUUCUUUAUCCACUGUAGUUGGGUUUCGCAAUCCAAAAAUAAUAAUAAAAUUAAUAAUCUGUCAAAGGUGGUUUUUGAGAUCCCAAUUACUAGUCUCUUGCAGCACUGAAUAAGUAUGAUAAACUCAUUCUACCAUUACGAAGGUUUAAGAACAGAACAUAACGAUAAAACAUUGGGAUGUACAAAUAGCAAUAAAAACUACUUACACUACACUAAGUCCAAAUAAUAUUAGGUACUGUUUAUACUUGUAAUUAUUUCCUCCUACAAUCCUACAGUGACAAAAACAUAUUUUGUGUCUGUGAAACAUAAAAAUAUCAAAAUAUGGUCAAAUUGUUCACUAACACAAUAGAAAUAACACUAUAAAAUAGAUGGGAUUUAUUACAUUUCUCAGAUAAUUUAUGUUUUUUUGUCUAUGACCAUCUACAGUAGAGGUGUUCUGUUUUACAUUAAUCUUUAGUGUUUUUAAUAGUUUAUUUUUGACAAAUUGCACGAAAAAACAAUGUGGGUCAAUCUGACGAUCAGUUAUUGAAUACAAAAGGAGGCUUAAACACAAUAGAACUGGUUAAAAAUGACCGAAAACACAUUAGUUGUUAACUCCGUUAGCAUACAGAUGAGCUAAAAGCUAAAAACAUGCACUUAAAGCCACAGAAGAUUUAUUUCUUUAGUUUGGAGGCUCUGGUUUACGGUUUAUGUGAAUUCUGGUACGGUUGCUUUUAAAGACAUCCGGACCUAAUUUGUGCAAGUGAACCUGCACUGAUGUAUAAUUUGAUGUAUUGAAUGCAUAAAGAGGGUUAAAUGUCUUAUUUCUGUGUCUUUUAAGUAGCUCAUUUUUUAGAAACACACAGCACAGUUCAUAGUCUUCAUCAUAAUGCCUCUUUUAAAGGAACAGUUCACCCGGAAAUAAACACAUUUACUCAAAGAGUUUUGGCGAAUAAUCACCACUGGCUUUAAUUUAAAAAAAACACAUAUCAAGCACUAAAAUGGACAAAAACGCACAAUAAUAUCAGUCAAUGUGACUGUAUUCCCAAGCACAUUUACAUUUUUGCCUGAACUGUUGCUUUAACUAACAAACUCCUUUUGUCUUUUGUUGAUUUUGACUUGUGUUUUAUAUUAUAUUGGUUGUUAUGUUAUUAUUUGUGUAUAUAGAUGAAUCACUGUAAUUAGUUGUUUUCCAGCCAAUGUAGUAUAUGUGUGUGUGAAGCUUCUCAAAACUACAUAACGUUCAGAAAUCAGAAACACUAGUGACAUUUAAAGUCAACAUGGCAUUCACAAUACAUUUCACUUCCAUAAUGUGAGCAUUUCUGAGGAUAUCCAAUGAGAAAAUGCAGAUUAUAUGAUGACGUUUUAAAAUGCACGAGUUAUAAACGCCUGAGAGCUCUAGAGCCAAGAUCUGAAGAGAAGACUUUAAUAACUCAAAUGUAACUCAAAAUAACAUGAGCAGGAUUUCAAGCCUUAUUUUGUUGUGCAUUUGUACAUUUGUUAAAACUAAAGGAGAAGAAGCUUUUUGAAAUGUUUUAUGACCUGUUAUGAUGUCAAUGUAAAGUUUUGUACACAGUAUUUUUACAGAUCAAUCAGUCACGAGGUAGACAACAGAAAUAUGGUUUGUUUUUAAUAUGAGCCUUUGUAAUAUUAUUCUGCCCCCUGGUGGUAAAUUAAAACUCCAUUUGUGGUGUAU